CCAAUCAAAAAUGAUUUACUAAUAUGACUUCUAUGUGAAGGACGACGAAACAAUUAGAGAGAACAGGCUUUCUUUGCUUCAGAAAAUUGCAAACCUCCCAAAAGGUGUAGUAGAUCUCUCAGUUUUGCCUGGAUUCCAAAUUUUUACGGCCAAAAUACUUCCACCUUCUUUUGAGUAAACAUCAGGUGGGUAAAAAGAGGGGAAAUUUUUGUGGAUUUAAUGUAUUUUUAUGGUUUCUUUGUGUAAAAAAAUAGGCAAAGCUUGUGAUUUUUUGCUAUUUAAAAAUUAAAAAAAAAAAAAGACUAUAUGUGCAGGUUUGAUUUGGUUAGUGGACAGGAAACAAGACUUUUGAUCUUAUUUGUUUCUUAUUCUUUUGUUUAGGAUGUUAUGAUACAGAAAACUGCAGCUUUACAGGUAGAUAUUGCUGUGGUCGUGAAUGUAUUGUUUUUAUUUACAGUUAAGUUGAGAUUAAUUGAUAAUAGAUAAAUAUGCAAAGGUUGUUUGCUAUUAAGCGGUUUCUUCUGACAGACCUGGUUAAGUCUCCUAUGAAAUAGAGGCACAAAAGGCUCAAAUGCAUAUAUCAAAUGGCACAGCUUCCUACAUCAGUUUGAGUGUGGUUACGUGUGAGCAGUGAGUGAGUCAAGGUUAUUGUCUGGAUCUGUUUAUUGAAAAUGGGGCAAAGGCAUAGCUACAAGGUAGACAUAACAUAGCUGCAGGGAUUUGUCUAUAUUGUUUUCUAUCUGCUCUAUAUCUUCCAAGUUUCCAUGACUUUGUUCCAUAGUUGAAACUAAAAAGGGAAAUGCUUGUUCGUGCAACAGUGCAGUCGGAACUUCAAACUUUAGAUAUUUAUUUCAACUUCCGGCCAAGCUCAGUUUCACAGUAACACCCAAGCCUGGUCACCCAGACAUCCGGCCAGAAGGGGGGGUGGAAAUGGAAAACUCUCGAUAACGAAGAACGCUGGUUUUUUUUCUUUUUUUUAAUAUUCUACCUGUUUUAAGAUCGGCAAAACGAGCAGCCUACCGGACAAAGUUGAGCCUCUGAUCAAAAUCAAGAACCUUCGAAUUUGACGAGCAAAACAGCCAUUGGUUCCCUUUGCAAUAAUCAAAUUUCCACAGCCUUUGAUUCAUGGCAAGCGAGCAGAACCAAAUCUAUCACGAAAGGCAGAGAUUACAAUAUUGCCUCUUACAUUCCCUUAACAAUCUCUUCCAGCAAAAAGAUGCAUUUACUCGAGCAAGCUUGAAUUCCGUUGCUGAAAAACUUGUUCUUGAUGACCCAAACAAGGAAAUUUGGACACCCUUUUCAUUAGUCUUCAAGCCUCACCAUAAUUCAAUUACUGGAAACUAUGACAUAAAUGUUUUGAUUGCUGCACUUGAAGGGAAAGGGAAGACUGUGAUUUGGCAUGAUCGUCGAAAUGGAGCAUCAGCUAUUGAUCUUAAUGAUGAAAUUUUGAUGGGAAUUGUGAUUAAUGUUCCGGUUAGACGGUAUGCUGGGCUCUGGAAAAGUAGGCAUUGGAUUGCAUUGAGAAAUAUUGAUGGGGUUUGGUAUAAUUUGGACAGUGAUCUUGAUGCACCUCAGUGUUUUAAGGAUUCUGGAGAAGUUAAGGAUUUCUUGGAUUAUAUCAUUACUCAUGAUGGACAGCUUUUGCUUGUAAAAAAUGAUAGACAAAUGCAGAAGAUGUCAACUAAAGGGAGCAACAAAGUGAGUAGGAAAAAGGGAAACAACAAGGUAAAUGCUUCUGCUAUGCAGAAGUCCGAUAACAAGGCUGCUGGGAACAGGGGAGUCACCAGGAGUUGUGGCUUCAUGCUGUGUAAAAGAUCUAAGUUUUCACCGGUAAGAUUUCUCAAGCAUCUCGGUGGGAAAGUGGCAAAAGGUUUGCAUGUGGUGUCAAUGAGAAUUAGGCCUUCUCCUAAGGUUUCUUCUUCAUCAGGAAGAUCAAAGCCAUUUGUAACUCCUGUUGAUUCUCAUAGGAGUGCUGCCAUCGAGGACUGCAUCGAAUUUAUCAACUCUUCUGCUUCUUUGCCUAGAUCAAAUUCUGUUUCUGCUAAUUCUCAUUGAGCUCUGUAGUUAAUGGUAAUAUUUGGUCAUAAAAUAGUUUGCUGAAAAUAUUAAGCAUGGUAGUAGCUUAUAUGUACAUUGUCUUUUUCUUUAGUUGAAGAAAGUAAAGCAUUACUUAGUUUGCCUAUGAAAGACUAUCUUAUGUUAUCCUUU